CGUGAGGACUUCCCAGCCACCAUGGGCUUUCUUCAACACCAGGCUACUCCCAAUGGUAAGAAGCCACACAGUAGCAGCACCAAGUGUGGGCAGCCAUUGUGCAGUGGAAAAACUCAUUACAAGUGAAGUGAAUGCAGAAAAGCUUCAAGCCACAAACAAGCACUUGUUCAACAUCAGAGUGUUGCUCUGGAGAAGAGCUUUAUGAAUGUAGCAAAUGUGAAAAAUCCUUUACCUGCAAGUAUACACUUGUUCAGCACCAGCAAAUUCAUACUAGACAAAGGACAUAUGAGUGUAAUGAAUAUGAAGAGUCCUUUAGCUACGAGUCCAACCUCAUUGAACACCGGAGAGUUCACACUGGAGAAAGGCCUUAUGAAUGCAGUGAACAUGGGGUCUUUUAUUCACAAAUCUGAGCUCAUUCACCAACAGAGACAUUAUAUUGGAGAAAUACAUUAUGAGUGUGGUGAAUGUGGAAAAUCCUUUAGCUGUAAGUCUAACCUCAUUGAACAUCAGAGAGUUCACACUGGGGAAAGGUCUUAUGAGUGCAGCGAGUAGGAAUCCUUUAGACAAAGGUCUAGCCUCUUUCGACACCAGAGAGAUCACACUGGAGAAAAGCCUUAUGAGUGCUGUGACUGUGGAAAAUCUUUUAGACAGCUCUUCAGUCUUAUUCGACACAGGAGAGUUCACACUGGAGAAAUGUCUUAUCCAUGUAGUGAUUGUGGUAAAGCCUUUAGCUGCAAAUCUGAACUCAUUCAACACCGGAGAAUUCACAGUGGAGAAAGACCUUAUGAAUGCAACAAAUGUGGGAAGUCUUUCAGACAAUUCUCUAACUUUAUACGACACCAGAGUGUUCGCACUGGUGGUAGGCCUUAUGAGUGCAACAAAUGUGAGAAAUCCUUUAGCCGCAAAUUUAUUCUGAUAGAACACCAGAGAGUUCACACUGGAGAAAGACCAUGUGAGUACAAUGAAUGUGGAAAAUCCUUUACCCGCAAUUCUGACCUCAUUCAACAUAGGAGAAUUCAUACUGGCUUAAGACCUUAUGAGUGUAGUGAAUGUGGAAAAUCCUUUAGACAAUGCUCUGGCCUCAUUCAACACCAGAGAGUCCAUGCUGGAGAAAGGCCUUAUGAGUGUGAUAUAUGUGGAAGAUCCUUCAGCCAAAGUGCUAGCCUCAUUCAACAUCAGAGAGUUCACAAGACCUUAUGAGUGUCCUGAAUGUGGGAAAUCCUUUAGCCAAAGCUCUAGUCUCAUUCAGCACCAAAGAGGACACACUGCAUGGAGAAAGACCUUAUGAGUGCAGCUAAUGUGGGAAACCCUUUUCCCACAGAUCUGACCUCAUUCAGCAUCAAAGAGUUCACACUGGAGAAAAGCCUUAUGAAUGCAAUGAAUGUGGGAAAUCCUUUAGCCGCAAAUCUAACCUCAUUCGACACCAAAGAGUUCAUAUGGAAGAAAGACCUUAAGUGUGUACUGAUGAAUGUACUGAUUCUUUACUAAGUAUCUAACAGUGAUGAAGACUGUAUGGGAUACAUCUACAUUAAAAAAAAUUAUUCAGGGACCAGCAGCUGGUGUAGUGGUUACAUUGCUGGACUCACA